CUCUCUCUUUGUGAGAAUAAAGGAGGCUCCUUUCUCUACUUUUCCUCUCUUGAAGGUGGAGGAGAAGAGGAGGAUGGCAAUGGAGAAGGCUCUCACCAAGGUGGGGAGUUUCUGGAUCUCCAAGAAAGCCAAGGAGGAGAUCUACUCCAUUGGUGAAGACCUCUCCAGGUUCUCAAACACUGUUGAGGAGAAAGCAAAAUGGGUCUUUGAAAAGCUGAAAGGAAAACCACAAAAGGCAUUGCCCGAACUUCUCCGAGAAUACAACCUUCCUCCCGGCCUUUUCCCGAGGAACAUCAUCUGCUACGAGUUCGAUGAAACAAAAGGGAAGCUCGUCGUCCACCUUCCUUCGACAUGUGAGGUCAGCUUCAAAGAUUCAUCUGUGCUGCGGUACGCCGCCCGUGUCAAAGCAACUCUGUCGAGAGGGAAGCUAUCCAAUGUCGAAGGUAUGAAGACGAAACUCUUGGUUUGGGUGAAGGUGACCGGCGUUUCUGUCGAAAGCUACAAGUCAGACAAGGUUUGCUUCACCGCCGGAGUCAAGAAACUGAGGCCGAAGGAUGCUUAUGGAAUACCGCAUGAUUCGAUCAAGAUCGAUGAGUUUUGAGCUGCUGUUCUUAUUCCUUACUAUCUAGAUCUUCUUUACCAUUUGUUCUCAUGUCUCAUAUGAUGAUGAUAUUUGCAUUCAUAGAUAGCCAUGAAUGUUGCCGUUAAAUUUAAAACCUCUCGCAAAGCUAUUGCGUUUGUCCUUGAAUAUCAUUCUCUCUAUUUAUUCAUGAAUUAUUAUUAGUUCAA